AUGCCGUCGAGGACAAUCAAUAACCUCGGCGCAGAGUCCUCGCGGAAGCGACACCACCGCGGCGAAGAUGACGAGUCAGAGGAGCCUGUACGGCCUCGUUCGCAUUUAAAUGGUGAAUCUGUAAGUGCUCUGGCUUUUUCUCACACAUCUGGCAGUGCUUCCUUCUUCAUUUACAAUGUGCUAAUCCUGACCCAGCGAAAACGUGCCCGGCUUUCCGAUGUGCGCGAUGAAACGCGUGCAAACAACCCCGAUGACGAAGCCGAGUAUCAAGGAGCUGCCUCGCCCGACACCCCACCAAGAACGCAGUAUGAGUUAAUGCGCGAUAAUGGGUUCGAGCAUUUGCGAACUGAGGCUGCCGAUGAUCAGAAGGCGACCCAGCGGCUACGGAUGCGACCAAACCGUCUAGGAGAAAAUGUGGUCGCAGAAAAUGGCAUUCUUGAGCAAGUCAUAUGCAUCAACUUUAUGUGUCACACGAGACUGAACUGCGAGCUUGGGCCCCUUCUCAACUUUGUUGUGGGCGAGAAUGGCAGCGGAAAGAGCGCUGUUUUGACAGCAAUCACCCUCUGCCUUGGUGGAAAGGCAAGCUCGACGAACCGCGGUGGUAGCCUGAAAAGUUUUAUCAAAGAAGGAGAGGAUAAGGCUAUUUUGACUGUCAAGAUCAAGAACCAGGGGCCUGAUGCUUAUCAGCACGAUAUUUACGGCGAUUCCAUCACCGUGGAGCGUUGGUUCAACAAAACUGGCGGGAGCGGCUUCAACCUGAAAACAGCCACCGGCUCUAUUCACUCGAAGAAGAAGGAAGAGGUUGAUCAAAUCGUGGAGUACUACGCCCUGCAGGUCGACAACCCACUGAACGUUCUAUCUCAAGACAACGCCCGGCAAUUCCUCAACGCCUCAAGCAAGGCGCAGAAGUACAAGUUCUUCAUCGAGGGCGUCCAGCUACAGCAAUUGGAUAACGACUACAAGCUGACUGCUGAAUAUGUGAGCCAAAUAGACACCAAGAUACCAGAUCAAGAACAGAAAAUCGAGCUUCUCAAAGUGCAACGGGCAAACGCAGAACGCUUAUUGGAGACUCUGGAGGGCGAGCGGUCAUUACGCGACAAAAUCAACACAAUGCGCUUAAAGUUGGCCUGGUCACGUGUCGAUACCUGUGAAAAGAGACUGGCGCAGAAGGAGGCGAAUCUCGCCGAGAUCUCCACCAAGUUGAUUUCGGCUGAAGAAAAGUUCGGCUUGAAAAGUCGAGCGUUGGAGCAGGCGGAUCAAGAGGUGGAAACCACCAAGGCGAAGCUCGAGAGGGCGAAGGAAGAGGAGCCAGAGCUGCAGGCCAAAGUUGAAGAGGCGAAGGCUCAUAAGGAGGCCAUGGUAGCAGACCUCAUGAAGGUCCAGGCCGAGGAGCGAGAGGCUCACCAAAACUGGAAAGCCAUGACUGACCAAGUCAAGGAUUUCGAGAGAAAGAUCGCGCAGGAAGAGAGGAGUCUGCGGGAGGCACACGGUGGUCUCCAAACCCUGAAGAUGAAGGAGCGCGACGAGGCUCGGGCCAGGGUCCAGGAGCUUGAACAAAAAAUCGAUGACAACAAACAGCUGAUUCCUCGGAUCAAGAGCCAGAUGAGUGAUUCGGCAAGGGCCCUGAACCCCAUCAAGGAGCGGGUUACCAAGAAGCAGGAGGAGAUCCACAAUCUCAAAAAGGAGAUUGAGAAAACCCAGGCACAAAUCGGUGUGCCGCUUGCUGCUUACCACAAGAAUAUGCCGAGGCUGUUAAAGGCCAUUGACGGCGACAAGAGGUUCCAGCAGAAGCCCAUCGGCCCGCUGGGCACCGUCGUGCAUCUUCAUAAACCGGAAUGGGGAGCGAUUUUGGAGUCUUAUUUUGGCAACAACCUCAACGGUUUUGUCGUCUUCAGCAAAGCCGACAUGAAUGUUCUUGCAGACUUGAUGAGGCGAUGCGACAUCGACAGCAACCGCAAUCCCAUCUUCGUGGGCCAGCGAAAUGCCCUCAAUCUGGCGGGAAAAGAGCCAGAUGCGGACUUCGACACCAUCCUGAGAGUACUCAAGAUUGACAACCAAGCUGUUCGGGAUACACUUGUUAUCAACCACGCGAUCGAGCAAGUGCUCUUGAUUCAUAAGCGCACAACGGCUCAGAGCGUGAUGAUGGAUGGAACGGCACCGCCCCGCAAUGUCAAGAGAUGCAUCACAUUCCAUGAUUCCAAGAACGAGGGGCUAAGCAUUGAAAUGAAGCCGAGCGGCAUAUCAACAAGUCCGGUCAGGAUUGGGACUCAGCCCAAGCGCCUGAAGACGGAAUCUGCCUCUCAGAUGGCCUUCUUGAAGGAGUCCCUGUCAAAAUUGGAGUCGGAACUCCAAGCUCUCCGAGUUGAAUACAAACGUGUCCAGGAUGAAAACUCCCACCACAAGACAGCCCUUGCCAAAGCGGAGAAAGAGGGGGCCGUUCUCGCACAGCAGCUGCGAGAGACCGAACUAGAGCUUGCGGAGAUCGAAGUGGCUUUGGACGAGUGGGAUGGGUCUGACGCCCGACUCCAAAGUCUGCGUGAGCAGCUGGCUCAAGCACUGGAGCAGAAAGCUCACCACGGUCAACAGGUGACUGGGCUUAUUGUGGCCAAAGACCAGAAAAACGUACUUGCCGAGGAGGCUUACAAGGCACUCAAAGCUCAGAAGCUGCAGCUCAAGGACUGUGAAGCCAGUGUGAAUAAGGCAGAGGAAAAGGCCAAGUCUGCGGAGGCGCACCGGCAUAUUGUGCUUCGAGAAAAGCUCGACAGUGAAGACGCGUAUAAGCAACUGAAGGCAGAACAAAAGGAAGCGGAAGAAAGUAUUGGGAGGGAAAAGGAUAGGAUCGCGGAGAGAGAGGCGGAGGCCAUUCAAGUGUGCCCAGAACGCGUGCAUUUGCUAGACGGCGAGACGGAGAAGUCCGUCAAUACACAGUACUUUGCUCUGCGGGCUCGAUACGACAAAAUGACCAGCAGACGUCAGUUGAACGAGCAGGAAGUUAUUGAGCAAGCCGAAAAGGUUCGGAAGAAGUACGACGAAGCAGUCAAUGGCCUCAACUCGAUGGUGGAGUCAAGCGAACGUCUCAAGCAUUCGUUGAGCCUACGUUUGGACAAGUGGCGCAAGUUCCAGCGGUACAUCUCCGCCCAGUCGCGUGUGAACUUCAUAUAUCUCCUCAGCGAACGCGGGUACCGAGGGAGGCUGCUGCUGGAUCAUAAGCGCAGGCUCCUGGACGUUCAUGUGGAGCCCGACCACACCGAGAAACGUGCCAGUGGACGGAGUACCAAGACGUUAUCCGGCGGAGAGAAAUCCUUUUCUUCGAUUUGUAUGCUGUUGGCCAUCUGGGAAGCCAUGGGUUCGCCGCUGCGGUGCUUGGAUGAGUUUGAUGUGUUCAUGGACAAUGUGAACCGCGCUGUUAGCCAAAAUAUGCUGGUUGCCGCUGCUCGAAGGUCGGUCAACCGGCAAUACAUCUUCAUCACACCCAACGCUAUCGACCCAAAGAUCAUCGCUGAAAAAGACGUAAAGCUUAUUCGACUCGUUGAUCCACGCCAACAGCGACUCACCAGCAUGCAAACAAUACCAUGA